AUGGAACUUAAAUUACAAGGCCCCACAGGAAAUGAUGGACUGCAACCAGAGUUGAUGUAUUUGUCAGUGGGCAGAGUGAAGAGAACAGAGGGGGCUACCAGAGAACAGAGAGGGCUACCAGAGAACAGAGGGGGCUACCAGAGAACAGAGGGGGCUACCAGAGAACAGAGAGGGCUACCAGAGAACAGAGUGGGCUACCAGAGAACAGAGAGGGCUACCAGAGAACAGAGUGGGCUACCAGAGAACAGAGAGGGCUACCAGAGAACAGAGAGGGCUACCAAAGAACAGAGAGGGCUACCAGAGAACAGAGGGGGCUACCAGAGAACAGAGAGGGCUACCAGAGAACAGAGGGGGCUACCAGAGAACAGAGAGGGGCUACUAGAGAACAGAGGGGGCUACCAGAGAACAGAGGGGGCUACCAGAGAACAGAGAGGGCUACCAGAGAACAGAGGGGGCUACCAGAGAACAGAGAGGGCUACCAGAGAACAGAGAGGGCUACCAGAGAACAGAGGGGGCUACCAGAGAACAGAGAGGGCUACCAGAGAACAGAAGGGGCUACCAGAGAACAGAGAGGGGCUACCAGAGAACAGAGAGGGCUACCAGAGAACAGAAGGGGCUACCAGAGAACAGAAGGGGCUACCAGAGAACAGAAGGGGCUACCAGAGAACAGAGGGGCGCUACCAGAGAACAGAGAGGGCUACCAGAGAACAGAAGGGGCUACCAGAGAACAGAGAGGGGCUACCAGAGAACAGAGAGGGGCUACCAGAGAACAGAGAGGGCUACCAGAGAACAGAAGGGGCUACCAGAGAACAGAAGGGGCUACCAGAGAACAGAGAGGGGCUACCAGAGAACAGAGAGGGCUACCAGAGAACAGAAGGGGCUACCAGAGAACAGAGAGGGGCUACCAGAGAACAGAGAGGGCUACCAGAGAACAGAGAGGGCUACCAGAGAACAGAAGGGGCUACCAGAGAACAGAUAGGGGCUACCAGAGAACAGAGAGGGGUGCGUGAGGAACUGAGGAGUGAGAAGAGAAGCAUGAAACAAGUGGGGGGGGGGGCACCUCAGGCAUCACAAGGACUCCCGUGGAGCAUCACAGCCACACAAGUGACAACUCAAGUAACACCUCGUCAAACUCACCCUAACAAGGCACUCAUUCCCCUCACAGUGACUGCCCAUUACUUAACCUCAGGGGCAGGUGGCCCUCCCUCCCCUCCCACAAGCGGGCCCUGA